AAGGAACAUGGGGCUGUAUCGGAGGUGGCGGCGACUUCGGCUCCCAGGGUUACAAGCCUGCGGGCUGCACACGGCAGCUGUGCCCACUCCUCCACACUGGUUGGUAGAGCGGCUUGGCUUUUUUGAGGAGCUAUGGACCGCCCAGGUAAAGAAGUUAGCAAGCAUGGCGCAGAAGGAACACCGGGCUAUUAAGGUAUCGCUUCCUGGAGGCAGGAAAGUGGAUGCUGUGGCAUGGAACACAACCCCUUACCAACUAGCUCAGCAGAUCAGUUCAAAACUGGCAGAUACUGCAGUAGCUGCUGUAGUGAAUGGAGAACCUUAUGAUCUGGAACGGCCCUUGGAAAAAGAUUCUGACCUCAGAUUUCUGACAUUCGAUUCUGCAGAGGGGAAAGCACUUGGAGGGCAUGAAGACUGACACUAGCCUCCCACUAUGCUCUGGAACCAGGAAGCACCGAGGAGUGGGGCUUACUCUCUUCUGUGCACUGCUUCUUCUGGCUGCCUUCUUUUCUGGUCAGGUAUUCUGGCACUCCAGCACCCAUGUCCUGGGGGCAGCAGCUGAACAAUUCCUAGGUGCUGUCCUCUGCCAAGGUCCAAGUACGGAAUGUGGCUUCUACCAUGAUUUCUUCCUGGGCAAGGAACGGACAGUCCGGGGCUCAGAGCUGCCUGUUUUGGAGCAGAUUUGCCAGGAACUUGCAGCUGCUGCUCAACCUUUCCGGAGACUAGAGGCUUCCCGGGAUCAGCUUCGCCAGCUCUUCAAGGAUAACCCUUUUAAGCUUCGCCUGAUUGACGAGAAAAUAACAGGUCCAAAGGCAACAGUUUAUGGAUGCGGAAUGUUGGUUGAUCUUUGCAGGGGCCCCCACCUGCGGCAUACCGGACAGAUUGGAGGCCUUAAGCUGCUAACGAAUUCAUCAUCCUUAUGGAAGUUUUCAGGCACCCCAGAGACACUGCAGAGAGUGUCAGGAAUUUCCUUCCCCACAGCAGAGGAGCUGAGGGCCUGGGAAGAAUGGAGGGAAGAAGCAGAGUUACGGGACCACCGGCGCAUUGGGAAGGAACAGGAGCUCUUCUUCUUCCAUGAACUGAGCCCUGGGAGCUGUUUCUUCCUUCCUCGAGGGACAAGGGUGUAUAAUGCAUUGGUGGCUUUUAUCAGGGCCGAGUAUACUCGCCGCGGUUUCUUAGAAGUGAAAACCCCCACGCUGUUUUCUACGAAACUCUGGGAACUGUCAGGGCACUGGGAGCAUUAUCGGGAAGACAUGUUUGCCCUGCAGCCCUCAGGCACUGAUGGGCCUGCCAGCUCCCAGAGUGAUCACUCUACCAGCCAUCCCACAGAUACACUCGCCCUCAAGCCAAUGAACUGCCCUGCACACUGCCUGAUGUUUGCCCACCGGCCUAGAUCCUGGCGAGAGCUUCCCCUCCGACUGGCAGACUUCGGGGCCCUGCACCGGGCUGAGGCCUCUGGUAGUCUCGGGGGACUGACUCGGCUGCGGUGCUUCCAGCAGGAUGAUGCUCACAUCUUCUGUGCACCGGAUCAGCUGGAAGCAGAAAUCCGAGGCUGUCUUGAUUUCCUCCGCUCCGUCUACACUGUGCUUGGCUUCUCUUUCCGCCUGGCACUGUCUACCCGGCCAUCUGGCUUCCUGGGAGAGCCUUGCCUUUGGGACCAGGCUGAGCAGGUCCUUCAACAGGCUCUGGAAGAAUUUGGAGAACCCUGGGACCUCAAUCCUGGAGAUGGUGCCUUCUAUGGACCUAAGAUUGACGUGCAUGUCCGCGAUGCCCUGGGCCGGCCCCAUCAGUGUGGGACAAUCCAGCUUGACUUCCAGCUGCCUCUGAGAUUUGACCUCCAGUACAAGGGGCAGGCGGAGGCCCUGGAGCGUCCAGUCCUCAUUCAUCGAGCAGUGCUAGGUUCUGUGGAGAGGAUGUUGGGCGUGCUGGCAGAAAGCUGUGGGGGGAAAUGGCCCCUGUGGCUGUCCCCAUUCCAGGUGGUGGUCAUCCCUGUGGGGAGUGAGCAAGAGGAAUACGCCAGGGAGGCACAGCAGAGCCUUCGAGCUGCAGGACUGGUCGGAGACCUGGACGCCGACUCUGGACUGACUCUCAGUCGGAGAGUCCGACGGGCUCAGCUUGCCCACUACAAUUUUCAGUUUGUUGUUGGCCAGAAAGAGCAGAGUAAGAGAACAGUGAACAUUCGGACUCGAGAUAAUCAUCGACUUGGGGAGCGGGACUUGGCUGAGGCUGUACAGCGGCUGCUGGAGCUGCAGAACACCAGAGUCCCAAAUGCUGAAGAAAUUUUUUAAGUUUCUCUAUGUAGAUGUGUCAAAGAUCUGCAGGGGCCGCCAGCCCUCCUUAACACAGGAGAGCCCAACCUGACUGACAGAAUCCAGAGUUCCCCCAGGGCCCUCAGAACUCAUGUGGAGGCGUGAAUCUGCUCUCCUGAAGAGAGAUUUGGUCCAGGGGAACCUGUUGCUAUUUGGAUGUGAGGAGAAUGAAACUAAAAGUAAUAAACUCGAGGAGUUCCCUGGUGGCCUAGAAGUUAAGGAUCCAGCAUUGUCACUGCUGUGGCUUUGAACCCUGGCCCAGGAACUUUGGUGAGACCAAAUAAAUAAAGAUAAAAAUAAUAAAUCUGGAGUUCCUGUUGUGACUCAGUUGGUUAAGAACUCGACUGGUAUCCAUGAGGCUGCGGGUUUGCUCACUGGCCUCACUCAGUGGGUUAAAGGAUCCAGCAUGCGAGCUGUGGUAUAGUUUGCAGAUGCAGCUCAGAUCUGGUGUUGCUGUGUCUGUGGUGUAGGCUGGCAGCCACAGCUCCAAUUGUACCCCUAGUCUGGGAACUUCAUAUGCUGCACGUGUGGCCCUAAAAAAUAAAAAUAAUAAAACUGAA